GACGAGCUGCAGACCCAUUUGCUGCUCUUGUCCUGCCUCAUCUGCACCCGGGCACCAAGUCCCGCCAGGAUUCCGGGUUUAGGAAAGCUCCGGUGCGUUCCCGUGCGCCCGUGGCCGCGCACGCCGACACCGGGAGCACAAAGCUGGCCGGGCCGCCGAUGAGCCGCGCGCUGUGGUAUGCGGUGUCGUGGCACUCGAGGAAUUUAGUGAUCUCUGAUGCUGUGACAUCAAAACCGGUAAUCCAGUUUCAAGGAAGCCAAGGGCACAUCGCCAUCCCCAGGCCCGACCGCCCGGCCGAGCUGCGGACGUUCACGUUCUAUCUCUCCAACAUCGGCAAGGACAGUCCCCAGGGGAGCUUCGACUGCAUCCAGCAGUACGUGUCGAGCAAUGGCAACAUCCAUCUGGACUGCCUCGGGAGCAUACAGGACAAGAUCACCGUGUGCGCUACGGACGACUCCUACCAGAAGGCGAGGCAGAGCAUGGCGCAGGCGGAGGAGGAGACGCGCAGCCGCAGCGCCAUCGUCAUCAAGCCGGGGGGCAGAUACGUGGGCAAAAAAGUUCAGGUGCGUAAACCUGCACCGGGAGCUUCCGAUGCCGUUCCGUCCAGGAAGCGCCCGACGCCCGUCAACCUCGCCAGCGCCAUCAAGAGAGGCAAUAGUGCCAUUUCCCAGAGACCCUUCAAAGACAGGGUUGUGCACUUACUGGCACUAAAGCCUUAUAAGAAACCUGAACUUAUUCUCAGAUUGCAGAAGGAUGGACUUUCUCAGCAGGACAAGGAUUUGCUGGACAACCUUCUGCAACAGGUGGCAAAUCUGAGCGCCAAGGACAGCACUUUCACACUGAAAGACACUGUGUACAAGGAAGUGCAGAAGGACUGGCCUGGCUACUCCGAAGGAGAUCAGCAGUUGCUGAAGAGGAUCCUUGUUCGGAAGCUGUGUCAGCCGCAGAACAGCGGCGCGUUCCACGCCGAGGCGCCGUCCCUGAGCCCGCCGAAGGAGCCCGUCAACUCCGGCUCCCCGCCGCAGAAACGCUCCCAGCCUCUGGAGUUCAUCGACCCGCUCGCCAACAAGAAGCCGCGGAUUUCGCACCUGGCCCACCGCGCGCAGCCCACCUUCAACUGCGAGAGCGCGGCGCCGGCCGACAGGCUGGGCCACCCCCUGCCCACAGACUGUGCCCAGAGCAGCAAACACAACUGCAGCUCCUACGUGAAGAGCAAGAAGAAAUCCAAAAAGCACAAAGACAAGGAGAAAGAGAGGAAGGAGAAGAAGAGCGAAGAGAAGUGCAAAGAGGAGACGCAGGACUGUGAAGUAAUAAAAAAUGCUGACUUAGUUAGUGUUCCCCAGGAUGUGGCAGGUAUGUAA